AUGGCUUUCAGACCUCUGCCAGCGUCGACCAUUGCCCGCGUGGUACGACCCGCCAUAUCCCAAACAGCUAUCCGCCACUACUCAGCACCCGUUGACGGCGCAAUUCCAGCAGCGAAGCAAAAGUACGUCCCUACGGGUGGCACAUAUCCUAAGGGGUUCCUUGUUUCAGGAACUCAUGUGGGAGUGAAGGCUACGAACAAGAGCAAUCCGGAUCUCGCAUUCCUGGCCUCAGAGACACCAUGUGCUGCCGCUGCAGUGUUUACGAAGAACAAGUUCCAGGCAGCCCCUGUAACUGUGAGUCGAGAAAUGCUCAAGAGAAGAAGCAACAAGGGGAUCCGCUCAGUCAUUGUCAAUUCGGGAUGUGCGAACGCUGUAACUGGCAAAGGUGGCAUGGAGGAUGCUGAGAAAAUGGGUGCUGAAGCCGACAAAUGUUUUGGCCAAUCAAGUGAUGGAAAAGGAGGCAGCUCGAUCGUCAUGAGCACCGGUGUCAUUGGUCAAAGACUUCCAAUACAGAAAAUACUCCUCAAAAUUCCUACGGCCUAUGAUGGAUUGGGCUCUUCACACGAGCACUGGCUCACGGCUGCUCGAGCUAUAUGCACUACGGAUACCUUCCCUAAAUUAAUUUCUCGAACAUUCUCGUUGCCUUCUUCUCCGUCCAUCGAAUAUAGAAUAGCUGGAAUGACCAAAGGAGCUGGUAUGAUCCAUCCAAACAUGGCGACACUACUUGGGAUGAUCGCUACAGAUGCUCCAGUUGCUUCGAAUCUGUUACCAUCUCUUUUGACGAGUGCUGUCCACAAGUCCUUCAACAGCAUCACAAUCGACGGAGAUACUUCUACCAACGACACGGUAGCAGUUCUAGCUAAUGGUGCAGCUGGUGGACAGGAGAUCACAUCUGGCUCGUCUGAAGACUAUGCUGCAUUUCAAUCGACUUUGACUGAAUUUGCGACAGAUUUAGCAAAGCUCGUAGUCCGGGACGGAGAAGGUGCAACAAAAUUUGUGACUAUCCGUGUGACUGACUCGCCAUCUGAGGUUGGAGCUCGGAAGAUCGCAAGCACGAUAGCAAGAUCGCCUCUAGUCAAGACUGCUUUAUAUGGGAGAGAUGCCAACUGGGGCCGUAUCGCAUGUGCCACAGGUUAUGCUCUCCUUUCCGAGCCAGGUUUACCAGUGAACGAAGUCGCUGAGGUGGUUCCUGAAAAGAUUAGUGUCUCGUUCAUCCCUAGUGACGGUUCACCAGAGCUCAAGCUGCUUGUGAAUGGUGAACCGGAGAGUGUUGACGAGGCCCGAGCUUCGGAAAUUCUGGAGCAUGAAGAUCUUGAAAUUCAUGUGAGCCUUGGAAACGGAAAGGAGCAAGCGACUUACUGGACUUGCGACUACAGUCACGAAUAUAUCACGAUUAAUGGAGAUUAUCGAACAUAA